AUAGUAUAAAAAAAUAUGGUAAUAUUUUUUUUAACAAAAACUUUUACAGGUGGAAAAGGACCAGAACAUUACGGUGUUUGUUCCAAUUACUUGAAAGAUAUUCAACUAAAUGACGAUGUUUACAUAUUCGUCCGUAGCGCACCGAAUUUUCAUCUUCCUUCAGAUCUUAGUUUACCGCUAGUAGUAGUUGGACCAGGGACAGGUAUAGCACCAUUCAGAAGUUUCUGGCAAGAGAGAGCCUGGCAGUCAAAGUUAAAAGGUAUUUCAUAUUUGAAAAUUCAGUUCGACAAUUGCACGAAAGAAUGAAUCAGUCAAUUCAUA